AUGACAAAACUGAAUGUUGAACAGAGUUUGCUGUCAGUGUCCACAAAGAUAGACAUGGUGGAGCGAAAGUUGGAGGAGAAAUCACGUGAGUUGGCGACCAAUCAGGACAGUCAUAUGGCAGACACGGUGAAAGAAGACAUCGAGAAGUUGAGGCAGACCCGAGACAAGCUCAACAAGCAACGCUCCAUGCUGGAUGACAAGCUGCAUGGUGGAAGUCUGCUGUCUGCUUCAGAGGAGAGGAGAGUUCUAGAGUUAGAUGAAGGUAUAGAGGCCCUGGAUGCUGCUAUAGAGUACCGGUCUGACAACAUACGCACCAGACAGCUAGAGGUGCGACACUCCAUGGCCCUGGCACAGUUAGAGAUGGAGGUAAGACACUGCAAGGGGUCAUGUAGUGUUGUUGGUUUGCAGUUAGAGAUGGAGGUAGGACACUGCAAGGGGCCAUGUAGUGUUGUUGGUUUGCAGUUAGAGAUGGAGUUAGAGAUGGAGGUAAGACACUGCAAGGGGCCAUGUAGUGUUGUUGGUUUGCAGUUAGAGAUGGAGUUAGAGAUGGAGGUAGGACACUGCAAGGGGCCAUGUAGUGUUGUUGGUUUGCAGUUAGAGAUGGAGGUAAGACACUGCAAGGGGCCAUGUAGUGUUGUUGGUUUGCAGUUAGAGAUGGAGUUAGAGAUGGAGGUAGGACACUGCAAGGGGCCAUGUAGUGUUGUUGGUUUGCAGUUAGAGAUGGAGUUAGAGAUGGAGGUAGGACACUGCAAGGGGCCAUGUAGUGUUGUUGGUUUGCAGUUAGAGAUGGAGGUAGGACACUGCAAGGGGCCAUGUAGUGUUGUUGGUUUGCAGUUAGAGAUGGAGUUAAAGAUGGAGGUAGGACACUGCAAGGGGCCAUGUAGUGUUGUUGGUUUGCAGUUAGAGAUGGAGGUAGGACACUGCAAGGGGCCAUGUAGUGUUGUUGGUUUGCAGUUAGAGAUGGAGUUAGAGAUGGAGGUAGGACACUGCAAGGGGCCAUGUAGUGUUGUUGGUUUGCAGUUAGAGAUGGAGGUAAGACACUGCAAGGGGCCAUGUAGUGUUGUUGGUUUGCAGUUAGAGAUGGAGUUAGAGAUGGAGGUAGGACACUGCAAGGGGCCAUGUAGUGUUGUUGGUUUGCAAUUAGAGAUGGAGGUAGGACACUGCAAGGGGCCAUGUAGUGUUGUUGGUUUGCAGUUAGAGAUGGAGGUGAAAAUCGAUGAACAAGAACGAAUUAUUCGUGACCUUGAAGGGUCCUUGCAGAGGUCAGCCAUGGAGAUUGAUCGACGCCUGAUGUCUCAGCAGAAAGAAUACGAGCAGAAGAUUCAGGUGCUCAUGCACCAACUCAUGGAGAAUGGUAACCAUAACAACAGUAAUGGUGCAGCUCUUCUUAAUGGGUUUGAUCCUGCAUUGGAACACAAAGUGUCGCAGUUAAAAAAAGAUUUAUACUAUUACAAGAAAACAAGUCGAGAACUGAAGAAGAGGCUAAGGGAAUAUGUCUCAAGUGGGACCAUACCAGCGCAAGAAAUGGAUCUGCGAGCUUCCAUGCAGAGCAAUGCGGGUGAUGUUGGGGAAAGCCAGACCAACCCAGCUGUACGAGACGCACAUUCUGCCAGAUCUCGUGAGCACAGGUCCUCUGCUGACAGACUGCAGGGUGAUGGUGUGCGUAUAGACCGUCUAAGAGAGGAUGGGACCAGACCCAGCUCUGGGAAGCCUGGACACCAUGUCUCAACAAAUAUUACCCCAGUAAAAAUAUCCAGGAAGGACCUACGGCUCAUGUCCGAGGAGGAAAUCAAACUCAGACGGUCUAACUUGAAAGAAAGUCAAGCAGAUAACCAGUCUCCUCAUGAUUCCUUAGAUCCUGGUGGCAAGAACCCAUGGAGUUGAAAUGGCCAUGCUGUCUUUUAUUAGCCAUGUUUUGCCAUUGUGUGACUCAGAAUAUUGUGUGGACAGUUUUCUCAGAGCCUUUGCCAGUUUUACUGUCCUGGCAUAAAAGCACUAUAGUGUGGCAGUUACCGUCCUACCAUAUAUAGUCAGUUGUGUGGCUCGAGUGUAGGUUAGUUAUAAUACUUGUGAUAGUAUCAAUGUGAUGCCCUUUUUGUGACACAUAUACCAAACAUAUCAGUGAGUGAGGCUGGAUCUUGUUCUUUGUAGGUCUUUCGUGUGGAAGGAAAUGUAGUUAAAGUAUUUGAUGUUGCUGGAAGAGUGUUAAUGAUUUUGGAAAGUGCAACAGUUUAGUUGUCUUGAAUUGUCUUCUUCAUUUUGUUUGUUUAUAAAUAGUGAUCCUCAAAAAGUCUUCUGUUCGAAGAGUUUUACAGCAAAAUAUAUAAUUUAACAAAAAAUCAUACUGCAACUUUAUUGUACUCUGUUUAAUGCUAAAUUAUUAUUCCCCAAAGGUGGGCAUAUAGUGAUCGCAUUUUUGUCUGUCUGUCUGUCACACUUUUGGGUUUAGGUUUAGAAAAAUGCUCAUAACUUCUAUGUCGCUUCAGAUGUAACCUUCAUAUUUGGUAUGCAUGUGCAUAUAGACAAGGCCUUUCCAUACGCACACAAAUUUUGACCCCUGUGACCUUGACCUUGAACUUAGGGUCCGUGUUUAGGUUUCAAAAUCUGCAUUUAGGUUUCAAAAAAGCGUUUUUGGGGGCAUAUGUCUUCCUAUGGAGACAGCUCUUGUCUUCCUAUGGAGACAGUCUUGAUAUGUUAACUUUGCAUUAGCUGUGAAUGUUUCUGUUAAUGUAUUUUUAGUUUUCUAUUCAGUGUUUUUUAACCUAACAGUGCAGUCUACAAAAUUUAAUUAGUAAGCCUUUGGAGAUUUUGUGAUAUGCUACCAGAAAUUUGUGGCUAUUGUAUGCAAGCUGUAAUUUAAUUAUUGAAAGUUUCUGAAGUACCGGUAAAUAAAAUGUAAUUCAUAAAUGUGUUUAUUGCAGUGUUCUGAAUCUCAUCCCUGUUAAAUAUUGAAGUGCAGAUUCACAUUUUAACAAUGGAGGUCAGGAUGUUUUGACUGCGCAUGUUUCACCUGUUGUUGUGGGGAAUUAUAAAUACAUACUGGGGCAAAUGGGUUAUAUAGAUAUAUAACAUACAUUUUAAUGCAAUUUUAAACGUGCAUAAGUUUGGUUACCGGGUACUAACAUAAUAAAACGUGCUUAGAAUUAUCAACCAUUAAGUGCUCACAGAAUUCAUGUAUCACAUGUUUGUUGUUGUUGUAUGAUAUUGUGUAUUUGCAACCAUUCUGUAAAACUUCAUUAAGAAAUGUGUUCAAUUCUGCUGAAUAAUUAGUGUUAAAUCUGAUUAAUAUAUUUUAACGAGUAUAUGAGAUUCAUGAGGUACAUUAUCUCAAAUUCUAUUCAGAAGCCUGUUUGUUGCCUAUAAUCUCCACUGUAUAAUUUUUAUGCCCCUCUUCGAAGAAGAGGGGGUAUAUUGCUUUGCUCAUGUUGGUCUGUCGGUCAGUCUGUCUGUCGGUCCGUCCACCAGGUGGUUGUCAGACGAUAACUCAAGAACGCUUGGGCCUAGGAUCAUGAAACUUCAUAGGUACAUUGAUCAUGACUCGCAGAUGACCCCUAUUGAUUUUGAGGUCACUAGGUCAAAGGUCAAGGUCACGGUGACCUGAAAUAGUAAAAUGGUUUUUGAAUGAUAACUCAAGAACGCUAAUGCCUAGGAUCAUGAAACUUCAUAGGUAGAUUGAUCAUGACUUGCCGAUGACCCCUAUUGAUUUUGAGGUCACUAGGUCAAAGGUCAAGGUCACGGUGACCCGAAAUAGUAAAAUGGUUUCCGGAUGAUAACUCAAGAACGCAUACGCCUAGGAUCAUGAAACUUCAUGGGUAGAUUGAUCAUGACCUGAAGAUGACCCCUAUUGAUUUUGAGGUCACUAGGACAAAGGUCAAGGUCACGGUGACCCGAAAUAGUAAAAUGGUUUUCGGAUGAUAACUCAAGAACGCAUACGCCUAGGAUCAUGAAACUUCACAGGUAGAUUGAUCAUGACUUGCAGAUGACCCCUAUUGAUUUUGAGGUCACAAGGUCAAAGGUCAAGGUCACGGUGACCCGAAAUAGUUAAAUGAUUUUCGGAUGAUAACUCAAGAACGCUUUUGCCUAGGAUCAUGACACUUCAUACAUUGAUCGUGACCCGCAGAUGACCCCUAUUGAUUUUCAGGUCACUAGGUCAAAGGUCAAGGUCACAGUGACAAAAAUCGUAUUCACACAAUGGCUGCCACUACAACGGACAGUCCAUAUGGGGGGCAUGCAUGUUUUACAAACAACCCUUGUUUAGACAGGAAUACUAUUACUUUUUAUUGACAACGUGGUCUGUGGGUUAUUGACCUCUAAGUUGCUUAGUUCUACGCUGUUGCAUACACUGCUGCCAGGAAGUGUGGCUUAUUUUACUUAGUAUGACAUUCUUUAAAGUUAGCUACUUCUUGCAUCUGCUUCAGAAACUCAUGAAUUCAUUAACGCAGGGGUGUGAUACUGGCAAUGCUGUGCAUCCUUUUGGGAAAAAAACGUUUCAUUAAAGCAAUUUACUAGAAUUAACUAUGAAAUAUAAGGGGGUAUACAUGUAAUGUUGAAAGGCGGAAUACUGGUAUCACCAUGGACACCUGUCUGGCAGUAAUUUGUGUGCAGGCGUUUGGCAAAACCUUUUAUAUAUAACAUUUAAAUUUGCAGCCUUUGUUCCAUCAAGCAUUCUCCAAAAAUGUCAUACUCUUACAACAUUCAAAGUUGUAGCCAUUUUUCUGUAGUAUUUAAAGUUUUGCAAUUACAAAAGUUGUUUCCCCUUUUUAUGCUACCCAAAAAAUUUGUUUUGGGGGUAGCAUAGUCCCCGCUUCCGUGUGUGUGUCCGUUCGUGCACUUUUUGUCCGGGCUAUUUCUCAGCAACUAAUGACCGGAAUUCAAUAAAACUUUAUGGGAAGCUUCACUACCAAGAGAUGUGCAUAUUAUCAGCGGGUUCUGGUCAGAUGAUUUUUCACAGAGUUAUGGCCCUCUGAAAUAAAUUUUCAAUUAAAAAAUUCUUGUCCCCCCAACUACUGUGCCCUCAAGAUGUUUCCUUUUAUCUGAAUAUAUACUGCAAUAUUGUGACAAAAAAAACUUUGGGGAGCAUCCCCCGUCUCUGAGGGUUUCUUGUUCAAAUUAUGACAUGUAUUUAAUAUAAACAAUAUCCCAAAUAACUGCUUUGAUAUUAAAAGGUUCAUAGGUUUUAUAUUUGAUAUUUAAUAUCAUAUAUAAGUCCUUUACACAUUAUGUUACAUCAUGCAGUAAACAUGGGUAAUGCCUGGAGGUAACAAGCUUAUUAAGAUUUAUGUUCACAACAAGGGCUGUUUGUAAAACAUGCAUGCCCCCCAUAUGGGCUGUCAAUUGUAGUGGCAGCCAUUGUGUGAAUAUGUUUUUUGGCACUGUGACCUUGACCUUUGACCUAGUGACUUGAAAAUCAUUAGGGGUAAUCUGCGAAUCAUGAUCGAUGUACCUAUGAAGUUUCAUGAUCCUAGGCGUAAGCUUUCUUGAGUUAUCAUCCGGAAACCAUUUUACUAUGUCAAGUCACCGUGACCUUGACCUUAGACCUAGUGACCUGAAAGUAAAUAGGGGUCAUCUGCGAGUCAUGAUCAAUGUACCUAUGAAGUUUCAUGAUCCUAGGCAUUAGCGUUCUUGAGUUAUCAUCCGGAAACCAUCUGGUGGACGGACAUACGGACGGACCCACAUGUGCAAAACAAUAUACCCCCUCUUCUUGGAAGGGGGGCAUAAAAAUCUUCCUCUGAAAUUGCAAGGCACAGAAGCUUAUUGUAUGGUAUGUUACGUAUUGUGGUGUUUUUAAACACAAUUUGUUAAUAACAUGCCCCUAUGGUCAAAACUGGCUACUACACAAAGGGGUAAUAUGAUUUUUAAAGACUUAAAUAUCAAAAUAACUCACAACACUUUUCUCUUGAACAACACUGCUUUAUUUGGUAAUAAGAUAACAAUGUAUGGUUAAAUUGUCUUCCACUCACAAAUAUAGUAAACUUUUCCAAUGUCGUCAAAAAUGGCCACACCAAGGUAACUUUUUGUGUCAAUUUGCUACUUAGAAAGAAAGGCAGUUGCAGUGGGGGCGUUUAUUCUACAUUGUGACAAUCUCUAGUUUUGCUGUAUGAAUAUUCUCUAUUUCUUCUUAUGAGCUUCUGGCUUUUUUUAUCGUUCUCUUAUUUGUAUGGCAGCACUACUAGUAUUUAUUUUUAGUUGAGAUAAAUAACUGUUGUGUUUUGUUUUAAUUUUAAAUUGUGUAGCUUUUUCCCUGCCAAUACAAUAAUGGAUCUGAGUAUUGUGUUAUUGACCAAGAUAAACUGAUAUUGAGUAUGCAUAAUAAAAUGUAGAAACAAAA